GUCAUGGGGAACCAUGGCUUCGGUCUACCUCCUUCAGCAAAUACUGCUGGCUGUGAUCGGAAAGUUUCUGCGGCCUGCGAAGGAGUGAGACAACCUUUUGUUGCGUCACUGACUACUGGAAACUCGUCGCUCAAGAAGAUUGCCUUCCCGACAGAUAUGCGAUGUCAUCUCGGGCGAUCUUGGGUCUGGCGCUGCUAACUCUCAUCGCCAUCGGCGUGCCACACCGCCUAGUAUUUGGCGUUCUUUACGUUGUGCAGUUUUCGUUGACUGCAUACGCCGCAGAAGCGGGCCCCGUGCGUAUCCCAGCUGCUGCCUAUCUAGCUAAUUCGCAGUCAUCACGACGUCACCUCCUGGAAACAAUGCUUCUGCUCAUGACAUUCCUCCUGCCUCUCAACCUUCCCGCAUUGGCAGUUUGGGGAAAGAACUUCUGGAUACACGGCCAGCACGCACUGCCAGAAGACCGCUCAAUCUCGUCGGUCUUACCCACCCUGAUCAUGGUCAUGGUGGCGAGUUUUGAACGUCCCUUGACAGCUGCAGCACAGGCGCGGUUCGUUGCUAAGUGGGGGGCAGCCUUCGCUGCCGUGAUGGCAUUCACCUUCGCGCCUGGUCGCCCAUAUCUCCUAGGGCCAAUUGUCAACGUUGUGUUCAUCAUCGCCAGCGUCCUUAUGGCCGCGACUGUUUCUAUAAGGCGGCAGUGAGGACAUGCAUGCUGUUGGUCACUGGGAUCACUAGCCGAUGGACGUUGCGAAAAGUUCGUCGCAAAGCGUCCGCUUCUCGUAUAUACAUGGCGUUUGACAGGAUCGGGCGGUUUCCGACAUCCUUGUCCACCUACGAAAGGCGAUCUAGACUCGCUGAAUGCCCGCACUCCUCUUC